AUGGCUGGCCAGAUUCACCGUGUCACUCUAUUCAAGAUACCCAAUCGAGAAGAUCAAGAGCGUCUUCUGGAAUUCUACAAGCACAUGCAAAACAAGGCAGUCAAGGACGGCAAGCCGUACAUCGUUUCCGUAACUGCGGGGGAGGCAAAGCCUGAUCAGCGCGCGCAAGGCUUCACUUUCGCGGCGAUUUCCGUGUUCAGCUCUGUCGAUGACAUGAUCUACUAUGACAACGAGUGCACUGCGCAUGCGGAGCUCAAGGCCUUUGCGAAGACGGUACACAAAGGAGCCAUGAUGGUGUAUUUCGAGAACGGGGCAAGAUAG